UUCGCUGCUUCGUCCAAACUCUCCAGAUCGUCGUUCAGCCGCUCGGGAGGUUCCCGCCAGUCUCGUGCUCUCACGCCAGCUGUGUUCGCUCCGUCAGUCGGGAUGUCUCCGUCCCCGUCCCCGCGGCUCUUCACGGAGCGGGAGGUGGCCCGCCACGGCACCAAGGACUCCUGCUGGGUCCGUCUGGGCACCAGGGUCUAUGACGUGACCGCCUUCCUGCGGAUGCACCCGGGCGGCGAGGCGCUGAUCCUGCGCCGCUCGGGCAGGGACUUGACCCCGGAGAUGGAGGGACCCCCGCACCGGCACUCGGAGAACGCGCGGCGGUGGAUGGAGCAGUACUACAUCGGAGAGCUGGAGCGCGAGCGCGACUCCGCGGAGACGCAGACUCUGAGGGAGAGAAAGUCAAGCGUUCAUCAGACGGACGGGAAGGUGUCAGGGCCCUCGGGGAAGGACCAGGACCACGACUCUGCCUACGACCGCUGCAGCCCCGUGGACCUGGACAACGACCUGGUGGACUGGAGGAAGCCUCUGGCCUGGCAGGUGGGCCACCUCGGGGAGAAGUACGACGCCUGGGUGCACCAGCCCGUGGACAGACCCAUCAGGCUCUUCGGGAACCCUCUGCUGGAGGCCGGGACCAAAACCUCCUGGUACUGGGUCCCGGUGGUGUGGCUGCCCGUGGUGGUCUACCUCAGCUGGUACUGCUUCACCUCUCUGGCUCGGGGCGACACCAGGAUGGACAUCACCGCAGACUUCUCCGUCACAUUCCACAAGUUCACCUUCAUCCCACUCUUUCUGCUGGGCUGGUUCUUGUGGUCCUUCAUCGAGUACUGCAUCCAUCGCUUCGUCUUUCACAUGAAACCACCUGCUCACAACUACUACCUGAUCAUGCUGCACUUCCUGCUGCACGGGCAACACCACAAGUCUCCGUUCGACGGCUCGCGGCUGGUCUUCCCCCCGGGCCUGGCCUCUCUGGUGGUGGGCUCCUUCUACAGGCUGCUGUCCGUGGUGCUGCCGGAGGUCAUCGGGAAGUCGGUGUUUGUGGGCGGCCUGUGCGGCUACGUGGUGUACGACAUGAUCCACUACUACCUGCACUACGGCUCCCCCAAAAGGGGCUCCUACAUGUACGGCCUGAAGGCCUACCACGUCAAGCACCAUUUCGAGCACCAGAGGGCAGGUUUCGGCAUCACCACCACGUUCUGGGACCAUCCUUUCAACACGGUCAUCCCUGAGGAGAGCUUCUGACCCGCACCAGUCGGUCACAUGACCCGACCUGAGGACUCCAUGUUUGCCGCCGCCCUAUCCCUCCACGUCCUCCAUCUU